GUUUUCAAUACAUAUUCCAAUGAAGACUAUGACAGGAGAAAUGAUGAAGUUGACCCAGUGGCUGCAUCAGCUGAAUAUGAACUUGAGAAGCGUGUGGAAAAGCUGGAGCUCUUCCCAGUUGAACUAGAAAAAGAUGAAGAUGGACUUGGCAUAAGCAUUAUUGGAAUGGGAGUCGGAGCAGAUGCAGGCCUUGAAAAACUGGGAAUAUUUGUCAAAACAGUAACAGAAGGUGGGGCAGCAGAAAGAGAUGGCAGGAUCCAAGUGAAUGACCAGAUUGUAGAAGUUGAUGGCAUCAGUCUAGUUGGCGUUACACAAAAUUUUGCUGCAACUGUUCUUAGAAAUACCAAAGGGAAAGUCAGGUUUGUAAUUGGACGAGAAAAACCGGGACAAGUGAGUGAGGUUGCGCAGCUGAUUAGCCAAACUCUAGAACAAGAACGCCGCCAGAGAGAGCUGCUGGAGCAGCAUUAUGCACAAUAUGAUGCAGAUGAUGAUGAGACAGGGGAAUAUGCUACAGAUGAAGAAGAUGAAGACAUGGGACCUGUCAUUCCAGGAGGUGACAUGGCUAUUGAGGUGUUUGAUCUCCCUGAAAAUGAUGACAUGUUCUCCCCCAGUGAUGUGGACACCAGCAAGCUUGCUCACAAAUUCAAAGAGUUGCAAAUCAAACAUGCAGUUACAGAGGCUGAAAUUCAGAAGCUGAAGACGAAGCUGCAGGCUGCCGAGAAUGAGAAGGUGAGGUGGGAAUUGGAGAAGACCCAACUCCAGCAGAACAUUGAGGAGAAUAAGGAAAGGAUGAUGAAAUUAGAGAGUUAUUGGAUUGAGGCACAAACCUUGUGUCACACGGUGAAUGAGCACCUCAAGGAGACGCAAAGCCAGUAUCAGGCUCUGGAGAAGAAAUAUAACAAGGCAAAGAAAUUAAUCAAGGAUUUUCAGCAAAAAGAACUUGACUUCAUCAAACGCCAGGAAGCUGAACGAAAGAAAAUAGAAGAUUUGGAGAAAGCACAUCUUGCAGAGGUUCAAGGCUUACAAGCUCGUAUAAGAGACUUGGAAGCUGAAGUUUUCAGGCUAAUGAAGCAAAAUGGGAGCCAGGUUAACAAUAACAACAAUAUUUUUGAAAGGCAGACAUCUUUUGGAGACGUUUCUAGAGGAGAUCCAGUGGAAAAUCUAGAUACUAAGCAAGUGUCCUGUCUGGAUGGCUUAAGUCAAGAUUUCAGUGAAGCAGUGCCAGAAACGGAGAGACUGGACUCCAAAGCUCUGAAGACUCGAGCUCAUCUUUCAGUGAAGAACAGGCGACAGAGGCCUUCUAGAACAAGGCUAUACGAUAGCAUCAGUUCAACUGAUGGAGAGGACAGCCUAGAACGAAAGCCAUCAAACAGUUACAGUAGUUCCAUGCACAUUUCAAAAUCACCACUGCCCUUAUGCAUGAGAGCAUCCUCACCAGCAUCAGAUUCUGGUGCUUCCUCCCUCUCCCCCGUGGCUAGCAAUGCAGCAAUCUCACUUGACAACCUAACUGAAAACCAGGAAGACGGACAACACCAAAAAGGAGGUGUCCUUUCCCCCCAUGCUCGGGGAGACACUCCACUUUCCUCUCCGUCAAAAUCUGGGCACAGCUCUGAAGCAUCUCCUUUGCAUCAUCCAGCUGGCAGGAAUAUUUUACAGAAUAAAGAUGGUGCCGCAUGUGCUCAGGCAGCAAGAACAACUAGCCCUAUUAUAGGGCAUGCAGAAAAACUAAAGCGAAAACUUACAGAUCUUGGGGCUCCCUUGAGAAGGAGUUCAAACAAGGGCAAGAAGCGGAAAGAGAAAGAAGCUAUUAGGGUGACCUAUGGCAGUAGGACUGCCAGAGAGAUGCUGCAGAAAUCAACAAACACUAAAUCUUUAGCAGAACGAUCCUCCUCUCUCCCACACUGUGUACCAUUCACAUGGUAUGGAGAGAGUGGCAAGGGAUCCAAUUCUUCUAGCAACAUUCCAUCGCCUGCCAGCUCAACUGAACCUUCCUCUGAAAAUAUAAGUCCAGCUAAAAAAGGGUCAAAGAAUUUCACAUUCAAUGAUGAUUUCAGUCCCAGCAGCACAAGUUCAGCUGAUUUGAGCGGUUUAGGAGCAGAACCUAAAACCCCAGGUUUCUCACACUCCUUAGCACUGUCGUCAGACGAGAUUCUUGACGAUGGACAGUCUCCUAAACACAGUCAGUGUCAGAGUCGUGCUGUUCAGGAGUGGAGUGUGCAGCAGGUUUCCCACUGGCUCAUGAGCCUGAACCUUGAACAGUAUGUUUCCGAAUUCAGUACCCAAAACAUUAAUGGGGAGCAUCUCCUUCAGCUGGAUGGGAGUAAACUCAAGGCUCUUGGUAUGACAUCUUCCCAGGACAGAGCAAUCAUUAAAAAAAAGCUAAAGGAAAUGAAAGCAUCUUUGGAGAAAGCUCGCAAAGCUCAAGAGAAAAUGGAAAAGCAAAGGGAGAAACUUCGAAAGAAGGAACAAGAGCAAUUGCAGAGGAAAUCGAAGAAAACAGACAAGUCUUCAUCGGAUGCAACAGAGGGCACUAAUGAGCAGUGA